CUUCUCAGAUAAAGAAAACUGGGUUUGAAGAAGAACAACAUGAUGAUGCUGAAGGUGAGUUUCUUGCUACUUAUCCUUGUAGGGAUUACCAAUGCUGGCAUGGAGUUGGGCAUGCUCAAAAGUGAACGUCAUCAUCACUCAAGUGAGGAUGAGCCUUCGGAGUCUUCAAAACCAUGCUGUGAUCUCUGUGCAUGCACAAAGUCAAUCCCUCCACAAUGUCGCUGUGCAGAUGUUAGGUUGGGUUCAUGCCACUCAGCUUGCAAAACAUGUAUUUGUGCAUUAUCUUAUCCUCCUCAGUGUCGUUGUGUUGACACCACCGACUUUUGCUAUGAACCUUGCAAGUCCAGUGAUGAUGACUAG